AUGAUGACGUGCCGUCUGCUGUGCGCCCUGUUGGUGCUUGCCCUGUGCUGCUGCUGCCCGUCCGUCUUCGCUGCAGCGAAAGCUGUCGCUUCUUCCCAGACAACCAGAACACCGACAUCAAUUAAUCCUGGAGCUAAUGGAAGCGCCCCCAGUCAAUCGACCCCUGCAACAGGGGGAGCAUCAAAGGGGACCGCCGGUCAGCCAGGAUCGUCAAGUACGGGUUCCGUUCCGGAUCAGGGAAACGUUGACGGAGAAGGACCAGGUGUGACCGCUGGGGAAGCGCACUCAAAUGUCGUGACCAAUAAUUUACAGGCAGAAGGCAAGGACGGUAGGACAGGAAGACAAAGUGGCAAUAAUACAUCCGCAGAUAAAGCAGCUCGUGAGGCCAAAGAUGCUGCCGCGACGACCACAACGACAACGACGACUACAACACAGGCCCCAACAACGGCGACCACUACAACACAUGCACCAAGUACUACGACUACAGAGGCGCCAGCUGUGUCGACCACCCGCGCACCGUCACGUCUUCGCGAAAUCGACGGCAGCCUCAGCAGCUCUGCGUGGGUGUGUGCCCCGCUGGUGCUCGCCACAUCCGCGCUGGCGUACACCGCUGUGGGCUGA